AUGGAAGCGUUUAGUGAUCUGCAAGAUGAUAUUAAAGCCAAAAUGUUAAAAGCUAAGGCUAAUUUUAAGAAGUCCCCAAAGGAAAGAUUAACGACUUCUUAUGUGGAAACCAGGCUAGAUAAUUUAGAACAACAGUGGUCUCUAUUUUCAGACACUCAUACUAAAAUUAUAAGUCAAGUCAAGAGAUCAGAUUUGUAUAGUUCAGACUACCACAAAAAUGCAAUAUAUGAUGAUGUAGAAGAGUUGUACGUAGAAUAUAAGACUGAUUUAAAAGAGAUGUUAUGUAAAUUAAAUUCGAAUAAACAAAGUGUUGUUGUAUCUGGUCAAAGUUCAGCUACACGUUUCAAGUUGCCUGAAAUAAAAAUUCCUAUGUUUUCGGGUAAUUAUACGGAGUGGCAGACAUUUAGGGACUUGUUUUUAGGUCUUGUGCACGAAAACAAGGCCCUAGAUGAUGCCCAAAGGUUUUACUAUCUCCGAGGUCAUUUGACAGGAGAAGCUGAACAGCUAUUGCGAAAUAUUAAAAUGUCGUCCGAUAGUUAUCAAAUUGCUUGGGAAAAGUUGGACAGUAUGUACAAUAAUAAACGGUUUUUAGCUAACGGCAUCUUGAAACGUUUGUUAAGUCAAAAGAAUUUAGUGUCUGAAUCGGCUACUGAAAUUAAGAAACUUAUAAGUACAACGUCAGAUUGCUUAGAGUCAAUAAAAAAUCUAGGUAUUGAUGUUUCAUCCUGGGAUAUAUUGAUUAUUCAUAUUAUAAGUAUAAAAUUAGAUAAAGAUACUCGAAAGGCCUGGGAGUUGAAGGUAGCCUCAGAGCCAUCUGAUGAUUUACCAACUUUUGUUCAGUUCUCGGAGUUCUUAACAGGUCGAUUCAGAGGUCUAGAAAAUAUAGAAACUAAGUUAAAUAAUAGUGAUAAGAAAGUUACCAAGUCUUUUCACAUUGUUAAAAAAAAUGCUGAUCACACUGCGUCUUGUUUAUAUUGUUCUGAAGAUCAUAAAAUAUAUUUAUGUAAAAAGUUCGGUAAAGAAACUAACGAUGCCCGUCGUAAUUUUGCUCUGGAAAAUAAGUUGUGUUUUGUUUGCCUUCUCAAUAACCAUUCUGCAAAAGCCUGUAGAAACACUCUUAGAUGCCAAGUGUGCAAACGCCGCCACCACACGUUAUUACACCCAACAGGUGUUUCGGGGUCUGGUGUUGGGGAAAUUAAUAAUAAUGCUCGCGAGGAAGCCUCAUCGUCUGCUGGUAGGUCGGUGAAGGAGGAUACAAAUAAAAAUAGUAGUGAAAUAACCGUUCAAGCGGAGGGGUCAAGCAAACCGAUAGUGUCAUGUCUUUCGACAGGAAGAGGUCAGAAAACUGUGCUCUUAACUACGGCUUUGGUUAAAGCUGAGUCGAAAGAAGGGAAUUAUCAGGUCAUUAGGGCUUUGCUAGACCAAGGGUCACAGGGUUCUUUCGUUACGGAGUCCACAGUCCAAUAUUUAGGAUUGAAGAAAAAGCCAUCAAGGCACACUGUAUUAGGUGUAGGGGGUGAAAAAAGUGUAACGUCUAAGUUCACUGUUGAUAUUAAGUUGAGGUCAAGAAUAGAUCCGAAUUUCCAGGUAGGGGUUAAUGCUUACGUACUGAAGUCGGUCACCACCCUUCUUCCAGCUACGAGAGUAGCCAGGAUAGAAUGGAUAGAUUUGACCGAGGAUGAUUUGGCUGAUCCUGAAUACCACAAACCUAAUAAAAUUGAUAUUUUAUUGGGUGCUGAGGUUUACAGUCAAAUUAUCCAGGAGGGCAUUAAAAGAAAUAUAACUGGAACUCUAUUGGCGCAAGAUACUAGUUUUGGAUGGAUACUGUCGGGAUCUUGUGAAGUGGAUCCUGAGUCAAAUGUUCAUUCACACAUUGCCGUGAUGCACUCCAGUGUUCAAGCCGAUGACAUGUUGAAACGAUUUUGGGAGUUGGAAGCUGAACCAUCUGGAACAAAGAAGAUACUCACGGAGGAUGAAAUUAAAUGUGAAAAAAUAUUUACGGCUACCACAAAGCGGAAUAGCAUGGGCAGAUACAUUGUAAAACUGCCGCUGCGUGAUUCUGACCCGGUCAGUAAGGUUGGCGAGUCUAAGUGCAUUGCUGAAAAAAGACUGAAGAGUUUAGAGACAAGGUUAAAGAAGAACAGUACAUUAAGAGAAGAUUAUGCUAAGGUUAUGCAAGAAUAUUUAGAUUUGAAGCAUAUGAGAAAGAUUACAGAAAAGGAAAAGGAUAAUAGUAAAGCAAUAUACUUACCUCAUCACGCCGUCAUCCGGGAGGAUAAGGAAACGACGAAAGUGCGUGUCGUAUUUGAUGCUUCCUGCAAAGGAACAAUGGGAAUGUCACUUAAUGACAACUUAUUAAUUGGUCCGACGUUACAAGCUGAACUCCGUCAUACGAUUAUGCGAUGGAGAACCCAUCCGAUAUGUCUUGUCAGCGACGUCAUCAAAAUGUAUAGAGCGGUACUGCUUGAUAAUUCUGAUACAAUGUAUCAACGGAUACUCUGGAGAGACGAUCCUGGAAAGGAAAUAGAAGAAUACGAGUUGAUGACCGUCACUUUUGGUACCGCAUCAGCACCAUACUUAGCGGUUCGUGCAUUACAUCAAGUUGCGUAUGAUGAAUGUAAGGAUAAGCCGCAGGUGGAGAAGAUAAUUCUUAAUGAUUUUUACAUGGAUGAUUUGAUGACGGGAGCGGAUACUACAGAAGAGGGAUACAAAAUCUACAUAGAGAUGAACGAAGUUUUAGCUAAAGGUGGCUUCUACUUGCAAAAAUGGAGGAGUAAUAGCAAGGCAUUAUUAGAUAAAAUCAGGGAGGGUAAGUGUACUACAGAUGACGAACUAAAGAUAAAAACUGACGAGGUUACAAAAAUACUGGGACUUACCUGGAACUCAUGUGAUGACGUCUUCCAGUAUGCCGUAAAACUUCUGACGGUCACUGCACCUAUAACAAAAAGAAAAAUUAUCGCCGAAAUAGCGCGGUUGUUUGACCCAUUAGGGUGGCUAGCGCCUAGUAUUGUAUUAGCCAAAAUAUUUAUUCAGAAAUUGUGGUUAGCAGGUUUAGAGUGGGAUCAAGAAAUUCCUAAUAAUUUAGUACAGGAAUGGGCUACUUACCAUCGCAACUUACCUUUCUUGGGCGAGGUUAGAAUCCCACGAUGGCUGCAUAUUGUCGCUAACGUAAAGCAGGAACUCCAUGGCUUCUCUGAUGCUUCCAAAAUGGCAUAUGCAGCUGUCAUUUAUCUCAGAGUUAUAGAUGACGAGGGAAAAAUUAACAUUUCUCUGGUCACGUCGAAAACAAAGGUGGCACCAAUUAGACAAGUGUCUAUACCAAGGCUCGAACUAUGUGGGGCCGUUCUUCUGGCCAAAUUAAUGGCUGAAGUAGGAGAUGUAAUGGGUAUCCAGAAGUGUGAUUGGCAUGCGUGGACAGAUAGUGAAGUGGUACUGGCUUGGCUCAAUAGUCAUCCGAGCCGCUGGAAGACGUUUGUAGCCAAUCGUGCUUCAGAUAUUUUAAACAUCGUGGAUACUUACCACUGGUCACACGUGUCAUCUAAAGAAAAUCCUGCAGAUUGCGCUUCCCGUGGUGUGUGCCCAUCUGAAUUAAAAUCUACGGCUAUAUGGUGGAAUGGUCCGGAUCUGUUGCGACAGGAAGUGAUUGAAUAUAAAAGACCGAAGCAUCUCGCAACACAUUUGGAAGAAGUCAAGGUGCACACGACUGCGUUGGAUACAAUUACCAUCUGGAAUAAGUUUUCGAAGUUGUCAAAAUUAAUUAGAGUCAUAGCGUACUGCAAGCGGUUUCUGAAUCUGAGGAAAAAUGCAACUAAUAAACAUAGCACAAAAGAAUUAACAAAGCAGGAGCUGGACGAUGCUACGAACACUUGCAUAAAAAGAUGCCAAGAGGAUUUUGCGGAAGAAUUGAAGGAAUCAAAGAAUAGUAAGAAAAAGGGUAAUCUGAAGUCGUUAAAUAGCUUUAUUGAUUCUGAUGGAAUUAUAAGAGUUGGAGGAAGACUAGACAUGUCUCAAUUGGAUCAGAAUCGCGUACACCCAAUCCUCUUGCCAAAAGAAUCUUUUUUGAGUCAGCUUCUGGUUGCUGACGCUCAUGCAAAAACCAUGCAUGGGGGCCCGCAGCUUAUGGUCACAUAUUUAAGAUCCAAGUAUUGGAUUAUCGGGGUUAAAUUGCUAGCCAAAAAAUAUGUGAGGAACUGUGUUACAUGCAUUAGGUAUGCAGCCAAAACUCGAACUCAACUUAUGGGGCAACUACCAUCAGCACGUGUAACACCAAAUAAACCUUUUUUAUGUACAGGAGUGGAUUAUGCAGGACCCAUAAAUAUAAGAGUAUCGAAAGGGCGUGGGAACAAAUCAUAUAAGGGUUACAUUGCACUCUUUAUAUGCAUGUCUACUCGAGCAGUUCAUAUAGAAGUAGUUAGCGAGUUGAGUACCAAGGGGUUCUUAGCUGCGUAUAAAAGAUUUGUAGCUAGGCGUGGUCGCUGCGCCGAGUUGUACAGCGACAACGGUACAAAUUUUGUAGGUGCUGCGCGUGAAUUACUUGUUUUAUACAAUGCCGAAAAAUCUAAUUUUAACGCCGAAUUAGCAGAGUAUCUUGCUACAAAUGGCACGGAAUGGCACUUCAUUCCUCCUCAUGCACCAAAUUUUGGUGGUCUUUGGGAGGCAGGAAUAAAGUCCACUAAGUACCACUUAAAGAGGAUUAUCGGUAACACAACUCUGACGUAUGAAGAAAUGGCUACGGUGCUGGCCCAGGUUGAAGCGUGCCUCAAUUCGAGGCCGUUGUCAUAUGUUGAGGAUGAAGAUAAGGUCGAUAUAUUGACCCCAGCUCAUUUUCUGAUUGGAGAGCCAGCGGUUUUAGUUCCGGACUCCAAUUAUGAAAAAGCGAAUAUUAGCAGUUUACAACGCUGGCAGCUCCAACAGCGAAUGAUGCAGGAGUUCUGGCGACGUUGGUCACAUGAUUAUUUACAUCAGUUUUUACAAAGACGCAAGUGGGCUCACCAAAUUCCUGAACCAUCUGUUGGAACGGUAGUAUUAGUCAAGGAGGACGACAUGCCUCCCGGAAAAUGGUUAUUGGGAAGGAUUGAGCAGAAGCAUUGUGGACCUGACGGAAUUGCGCGGGUAGUAACUUUACGCACGAAGGCCUCAAUUAUUAAAAGACCUGUGUCUAAGUUAUGUGUAUUGCCAAUGGCCAAGUAA